CGGCCGCGUCCUUCCGGCCGCCGCGGAAGCGCCGCCGCCCGCCCAUGUGACGGCGCUCCCCGCCCCCGACGGGCCCAGGCAAGGCCGUGAUUGACGCCGGGGCCGCGCGGGGCCUGGGCCCGCCGCGCCGGGGGAGCGCCCGGGAGGGAGGGGGCGGUGUCGUUUUCGGCUGCUGUUUCGCCCGCGAGAGCCGAAGGGAUGAGUUUUUAAUGCUCUCGAUCUCGGUGAAGUUCCUUCGGAAGGCCGUGUCAGCUUUGCUAUCUGUGCUGCUGAAAGAAUGUAGCGGAAAUGAUAGCCGAGCUCAACGCAGUCAAGAGCCUUCCCAGCCAAAAUACAAGUCAACUGGCUUCAUGUCCUGGCCACUGUAGUUUAAAAGGAGGCCAUAGCAGUCAGCUUCCAGCACUGGACCUGCUGCACAAGUGGGAUCCAGCUCGUCUGCUCAAAUGUGACCUUUGGCAAAGCACAUUGUUAGCAUUGGGAAUGAUGAAAAGUGGCAUGAUUUCAUUGCAGAUAAAUGUAUGGCUUCAGAUCUCCCAGAAGAGUGAAUGCUGUCCAUGAUGAGACUGUGCCUGAGUCUGCUGUGCAGAAUGGCACCUGUGUGAGAAACGGCAACCUGAAAACACCAAGAGAGAAACGGAAGGUCCGAGAACAGUGUGAAAACAUAAGGAGGAAUUCUACCAGUAGCAGGAGAGUGAGCCGGCUGCAGAAUGGCGAAGUCGUUGAGGCAGUUACAUUGUUUGAAGUGGUUAGCAUGGGGAAGCAGGCCAUGCAGUCUGUAGUAGAUGACUGGGUUGAAGCUUAUAAACAAGACAGGAAUGUGGCACUUCUAGAUCUGAUCAACUUCUUCAUUCAGUGCUCAGGCUGUCAAGGCAUGGUAACAGCAGAGAUGUUUCAAAGUUUGCACAAGAAGGAUGUCAUGCGAAAAAUGACGGAGACCUUUGAUGAGGAAACUGGGUUGCAGUACAAGAAAUUCAUGGCCUAUCCUUGGAUCCUGACAGUUACUUGGCCGGUGGACAUGGGCAAUGAAGACUACCCACUGAUCAGAACAGGACCCUACUGGAAGAAGUUCAAGGCCAAUUUCUGUGAAUUUAUUGCAGUGCUUGUCCAGCAGUGCCAGUGCAGCAUCCUGUAUGAUAGCUACUUGAUGGACACUGUCAUCUCGCUGCUUACAGGCUUAGCGGACUCCAUGGUCAGAGCAUUUAGACACACAAGCACUUUGGCAGCAAUGAAACUUUUGACAGCAGUUGUAAGCGUCCAUCUGAACCUUGAUGUCAACAAGCACAAUGCUCAAAGAUUAUAUGAGGUGGAGAAGCAGAGGAUAAGUGGCAAGAGGACCAGUUACAGACUUGACCAGCUAGAGAGAAAAAGGAAAGAGUAUGAGCACAAGCUUCUAGAGAUACAGAACAUGAUGAACGCUAUUUUCAAGGGGACAUUUCUAAACCGUUACCGUGAUGUGAUCCCUGAGAUCCGAGCGACUUGCAUUGAAGAAAUUGGCAGCUGGAUUAAAACAUACCCAGAUGCUUUUUUAAAUGAUAGCUAUUUAAAAUAUGUUGGAUGGAUGCUGUAUGAUAAGCAAGCUGAAGUGCGGUUGAAGUGUCUUCUGGGACUGCAGGGAAUUUAUAGCAGAAAAGAACUUGUUUCCAGGAUGGAUCUCUUUACUAGCAGAUUCAAGGAUCGAAUUGUGUCCAUGCCUCUGGACAAGGACCAUGAAGUAGCAGUUCAAGCCAUGAAACUCUUGAUGCUUAUGUCACAGAACUGUGAGGAUGUGUUAUCAGCUGAAGACUGUGAAAUGUUAUACCAGUUUGUUUAUACCACACACCGUCCACUUGCAGUAGCAGCUGGGGAAUUCCUUUAUAAAAGGCUGCUUAUUUCUGAGGGAGAUGAAGUUCAACCCAAAGGAGGAAGAGAGUUUGGGGCAAGUACUGACCAGUUGAAAAGAUUAAUACACUUUUUCCUGGAGAGUGAGCUACACAAACACGUUGCAUACCUUAUAGACAGCUUAUGGGACUGGGCAGGCAAAUUUCUGAAGGACUGGGAGUGCAUGACAACUCUUCUAUUAAAAAAUGCUGAAGAAGAUGGAGAAGCACUGAGCGAUGCCGAGGAAAGUGCUCUCAUUGAAAUUAUCCUUGCAACGGUUAGAGAAGCAGCUGAAGGUCAUCCUCCAGUGGGCAGAGGUGCAGCCAAAAAAAUUCUGUCAGUAAAAGAGAAGAAAAUACAAUUGGAAGAUUGUACCAAAAUUACUGAACACUUUAUUAUGGUGCUUCCUCAGCUCUUGGCAAAGUAUUCAACAGAUGCACAAAAAGUGGCAAAUCUUCUGCAGAUUCCUCAGUAUUAUGAUUUAGAUGUUUACAAUACAGGACAUCAAGAGAAGCAUUUGGAUGCUUUGCUGAGAGAGGUAAAAGACAUUGUGGCCAAACACUCUGACAUGUCUGUCCUCGAGGCUUCCUCCAGGACUUAUUAUAUCCUCUGCAGUGAAGAAAUUGGCAUUUAUAGCCAGGUGGAUUGUGCUCGAACUCAACUGAUAGAUGAGUUGAUGGAACAGCUUAACCAGCUACUAGAUGGCUUCUGGCAGAAGGAAGGAGAAUUUUGUAUGGAUGCAGGAGCAAUUUCCUGGAUGAACUCUGCUUUGAGAAGAGUAGCAGCUUUUCAUAAUGCCCAUGAUCUCACCAAAUGGAAUCUGUAUGACAAGACUUUAAGGUUCCUGGUGUUUGAAAUGGAACAUGGGAGUUUGCCUGUUCUGAUUAUCCUGCCGGCUCUCCAGUGCACUUAUUUUUCUCUCCUGUGGCAACUAUCUGCAGUUUCAGAAAAUUCUACCAAGGAGACUCUUUUUCCACUAAGAAGGGAGCUGAGACGUUUCAGUCAGAUUUGCACGUGCUUCCUCCAACAUAAGGAAAAAGAUGUAAGAGAAAAGGUCUUCAUGAUACUCUGUGACUGGUUGCUGAUUUUGAGUCAUCAGGGUUCAAAUAAUAAGGAAGAAGCAAUUGGACUUCUAGGUUACCUUCCUAACACGUCACUUCAGGAAAAACUGUUUUUGUUUAUCCGGGAACAUGUUUUUGUGGAUGAAGAAGAGGAAAGAAAAGACCUGACAGAAGAGGAAAAGGAUGAAAGUUGCAAACUUGAUGACUUGCACAGAAAGCGGAGUCUUCUUGCAGCAUAUUGCAAGUUAAUAGUGUAUAAUGUGGUAGAGAUGACUGCAGCUGCUGAGAUCUAUAAGUAUUAUGUGAAGACCUACAAUGAUUUUGGAGACAUAAUUAAAGAACUAUUAAGCAAGAUGAGACACAAUAACAAAAUGCAGAGUGCCAAGACACUGAUUCUUUGUCUGCAGCAGCUGUUUCAGACACAUGCAGAAAGCCAAGACAGCAGUAGUGGUGUGGACUUCUCCUCUGCUUCCUUUACAAACAUCAAAGAACUUGCUCGUCGCUUUUCACUAACAUUUGGUUGGGACCAAGUGAAAUCUAGAGAAUCUAUAGCCAUGAUACACAAGGAAGGGAUUGAAUUUGCUUUUCAAGGAGCUACUGGAGUAGAUGGAAAAUGCUUGCCUCCUAACUUGGGCUUUCUGUUAAUCAUCAGUGAAUUUUCCAACAAGCUGUUAAAGCCAGACAAAAGACUAGUGUACACUUACUUACAGAGGUACAUAGCAGAACCACUGCCCUGCAGAGGAGAUGGAUGGCAGCCCUUGGUCUGGUACAGAAACUCUUUAUUGGCAAAUGAAGAUGAGGAGAGCUCUGCCCUCGGCAGUUUGGGAGAGUGGCCCCCUGUGGGCACAUCUAAGACAUCUUCUUUUAAAAGGAAAUUGUCUAAUGGGUCUUUGCCUGAAACCAGCCAGACUGAAGUAGCAAGCAAAGCCCCAGAACAGCAGUGCACUUCCCAGCUUCCCUCCGCAGCAGGAAAAAACAGAAAGAGGCUGAAAUCUCGAGAGAUGUGCUUGCAGGAACGUUUGCCGUUCCUUUGUCCAGGAGGGCUACGCAGAAGAUACUGCAAAGAUGAGAUUAAGACAGAAGAUGUCUCAGAGGACGGUCAAGCAGGAGGCACAGCGGAAGAUGUUGAUGUUGAUGUUGUUGGUGCAGAUCAGGACAGUUAAGACACUGAGAGGAUGAACAGAAGCGAAGAACACACUAUGUUUUUUUCUGCAAAUUGUUUAACUUGAAAAUGUGCUUGUGAGGGCAUCCACUGAGACAGCAGGAGACACGUAUCAAGGUGAAUCUCUGCCUGUGGGCAUCCACUCAGAACCAGUUCGUAGCACUGCGGUUGAUUUCUCCCUGUUGCUGGUUGUGGGCGUUACUCAUGUGGCUGCUGCACUUCCAAGGCUGUGGGUGUUAGGAGCGUCGUUACUCAAUCGCAUCCUGGUCCUUGAUGCUGCCUUGGAAAAAUUACCAACUGAAGGACUGGAAUCAGGGUAUAGACAAAUUUUGAAUCAAAGACUCUGUGAACUAGGUGAGACAAGUUUGUUCGAAUCAGGGCAGGGGCAGAGUUCCGCUGGAUGUGUUCUUUACCAUUUGAGGUAACCAAGGUGGAUAUCUACUUGUUUCCUCUUACCUGAUGCUGGGGAGAAAGGAGCCUGGCCCAGUUGUGAACACUGUGACCUGCUGGGUGACGGCAAGUGCCAUUUCCUGCCUGUAAAAUGGAAAACCUGGAUCAAAUCAUCUGAAAGUAUUUCUAAAUUCCAUUGCUUAGAGAGAUGUGGUUAGUGGUCUGUGGGCAUCAGGACAUGUUCCCAGGAGACUUGCAUCAAGGCUUCUAAGUAACAAAGAAAGAAACAGCAGACCAGCUGACUGAGUACUUUCCUCUGGAAGAAAUCCCUUGUACACAGCGAUCAUGUGGUAUUUACUUGGAAAAUGUAAAGCCUGGAAAGACAAUGUAAAUAGACUGUAAAUAAUUACGAGUAGGGUUUUUUCAUUAAGAGUUUGCAAAUGAUCUUCACUCAAGACUGUUCAGAGGCAGUAGACGGGGGAGUGGUGGGUGCUUUCACUGACACUUUGGCGCUGCUCCAUGGAAUUGUAUAUUGCAGUAAUGCUAUCAGCUUUUUUAUAUAUAUAUAUAUAUAUAUAUAUAUUUUGGAUUGUAACUGUGUAAAAUAAACUACAGAACUACUGCUAUCCAUUA